CACCAUGUCCCGGGCUGGUAAGCGGUGCCACUUGAAUAGCGGGAAACAUGACCUGACUUCUGUUUUUAGAGGUACCAAUACCAAGCGCGUAAGCUAUAUAAAAGAUGAUGGAUCUCAGCCUCACUCAGAACAGAAUUGACACUGACCACUUUGGAAGUUGAGCAACUGGACUACUUCUCACCACAUAGACAGACUAGAUAUGGGACUGAAUAGCGUUGAAAAGCUGGUCACUGGUAAGAGGUGUGAGGGAAAGGGGGCAGGCGAGCACCUGUCAGGGGCAUUUUCAAAGAGUGUGUACGAGGCAGCCGUCAACCAGGAGAAACAGGAUGCCCGGAGGUCACACAAAGACCUCAUCCCAGAGGAGAAUGAGAACAACACCCAGGAGGAGAUCACAGUUGUCGUUCUUAAUACAGACAAAUCAGGCCGGGUGAAGAUAGAGACCGUGGAUGACCUUUUCAACAUCUUGAAACUGAGGAAGAGGAGGAGGGAGAGGAAGGUGCAGAACAAGAAAGAACCUGAGCCAGAGAUCAUUCCCGACACAGUGGAUGAAGACAUGUUCCUGGAAGCAGCAAUGGAGAAUAAGUUGCUUGUGAUUGAGAAGUACCUGUCAGGUGGAGGUGACCCCAACGUCAGUGAUCAUUUCCUAAGGACAGCACUACACAAAGCCUCAUCUAAGGGCCAUGUGGAGGCUGUGAAGAGGCUGCUGGAGGCUGGGGCUUCUAUUGAGAAGAAAGAUAGAUUGGACGCCACAGCAGUACACUGGGCCUGCAGGGGAGGCAGCCUGCCUACUCUGGAGCUGCUACUCAAUGAAGGAGGGAGGUUCAACUCCAGAGACAAGCUGCGCAGCACUCCUCUCCACGUGGCAGUGAGGACUGGACAUUAUGAAUGUGCUGAGCACCUCAUCCAUUGUGGAGCAGACGUCAACGCUAAAGACAGAGAUGGAGACACACCCAUGCACGAUGCUGUGAGGAUAAACCGAUUCAAAAUGAUCAGGCUGCUGAUGAUGUAUGGAGCCAGUCUUAAAACUAAGAACACCGAAGGCAAGUCCCCUAGAGAGAAUCUUCUGGCUUGGCAGAGUGGCGCUAAAUACAUCCUGUGUAACGUCAACAAUGACAAAUCUGUCAAGUAGAGCAAUGACUGAGGUCUUGGGAAAAUCCACCCAAUGACUGAGGUCUUGGGGAAAUCCACCCAAUGACUGAGGUCUUGGGGAAAUCCACCCAUUCUUUCAGAUGAUCAUUAAUAUUUGAUACUGAUUGAUUUGUUGAAUGCUGAUAUUGCUGGCCAAUGUUAGGGCUGUAGCUUCCAUCCAUUUUGAUGUUGUGUUGAAGUUGUCAAUUGAGAUUCUGGGGAGAUGUAUGUAAGCGUUGGUUAAUGAGCAAGACAAAUGCAACGGCAUGAUACUGUGGGACUUUACAAAGUGACCUGUUUACAGUGCUACAGUAUACUUCGUUUGAACAUUCAAACGAGUUUUAACCAAAACUAGUUUCUGGUUACAUUCACCUGUUUAAACACGGAGACAGAAGUGAUAACAGUGAGCUGGUAAGGAAAGUUGUUGUUGGUCAAGAUUAUGUUUUUGAACAGGAAAUCGUUUGAGAUAUAUUUUUGAUGUUUUUAAGAAGAGAUUCUGGAAUGCAAAGCGUCAAGAGACCUCACUGAGUUCUGUAUGUAUUGUAAAGUUCAUCUGUAUAAUUCGCUUGUUAUUUAUUGUUUAAGUCAAUAAACCAAUCUUAUGUUUUAAAA